AUGGGGAACGAGUCAGAUGAGGAAGCAGAUUUUGUAAGGAAGAGUAGACUUCUAAGGGAAGAGAUGACCGAGCAGUUACAACAAACUCUAAUCACUACUGUGGCUGACAUGAUCAAGACUAGCAUCACGGGUCUUCGUGAUGAGAUAAGACAAGAGCUAAGACAAGCUACUGUGAGUAGAAGGCAGAGGCGUGAUCAUGAAGUUAGGAGACCUAAGAAAGAAGAGCUUGGUGGAGUUAAGCUCAAAAUACCUCCUUUUCAUGGCAAAGUUGAUCCGGAUGCCUACUUGGAGUGGGAGAAGAAGAUUGAGAUUGUCUUCAAUUGUAAGAACUAUACCAACACUCAACGAAUCCAACUUGCUGCAACUGAGUUCUAUGACUAUGCUCUGAGCUGGUGGGAUCAGCUGGUUACCAUGAGGCGGCUUAACCAAGAAUAUCCAGUGGAAACAUGGAGUGAGAUGAAGUCUCUUAUGCGCAAGAGGUUUGUACCGAGCCACUACCACAGAGAUCUUCACCAGAGACUAAGAAAACUCACUCAAGGAGCUAAGACCGUAGAGGAGUACUAUCAAGAUAUGGAGCUGUUGAUGUUAAGAGCCAGUAUUUCAGAGGAUAGAGAAGCUACUAUGUCAAGAUUUCUUGGAGGGCUCAACCGAGAAAUACAAGAUAAGGUGGAGAUGCAACACUAUGUGGAAAUAGAAGAGAUGUUGCAUAAGGCCAUUCUAGUGGAGCAGCAGCUCAAGAGGAAGGGACAUUCACGUGGAAGCUAUGGGGCUACUCGAUUCCAAAGUCCUAAGGAAGAUAAGCCUAGCUACCAGAAGGAGAGUAAACCUUAUCAGAAUAAUGACACCAAGCCUAGCAACAUCUACAGCAAGGACAAAGGAAAGACAGGAGCCACUGGUUCCAAGACUAGAGAUUGUACUAAUAAGAAGACGAUGAUUCUUCAUGGAACCGGGGAAUAUAUGUCUCAAGAUGAGAAGAUACACACUGAUCAUGAGCAGACUGAAGAAGAGUUUGAAGAAGAACCGGUCAAGGGAAGUUUGUUAGUGACAAGAAGGCUUUUGAAUCUUCAAACUAAGGCAGAUGAGAUCGAGCAACGUGAGAACUUGUUCUACACUAGGUGUUUGGUUCAAGGAAAGGUAUGUAGUCUUAUCAUUGAUGGAGGCAGCUGUGUCAACGUAGCUAGCGAGACUAUGGUCAAGAAGUUGGGUUUGCAAGUUCAGAAGCAUCCAACACCGUAUAGACUGCAGUGGCUUAAUGAGCAGGGCGAGAUGAGGGUCUCUAAUCAAGUAGUGGUGCCUAUAACCAUAGGGAGAUAUGAGGACGAGAUCUUAUGUGAUGUGAUACCUAUGGAAGCAAGCCAUAUUCUUCUCGGACGACCAUGGCAAUCUGAUAGACAUGUGAUACAUGAUGGCUUCACCAACAAGCACUCGUUUGAAUUCAAAGGUAAGAAGACAGUGCUGGUGCCAUUAACCCCUAAAGAAGUGCAAGAGGAUCAGCUCCAUCUACAGUAA